AUGGGUAAAUUCUCUGAUGCAGCAUUGCCUCCAAUUGAGGAUUGUCUUGUACAACACAUCCAGCGAGCAAAUUACCAGGCCGCAAUAUGGAAAAGAGCAACAACUCCAACAAUUGACUCGCCUUUACCAACUGAUCAUGGAUGGAAGAUCGAUGAAGAAGGAAAUAUUGAUGUGGUGUGGAUGACAAAGAAAUGUGCUCCUGAUGUACUGCUCAAAGAUUGCAACUGCAAAUGUAAAACCGGCUGUUCAACCCUAAGAUGCUCCUGUAAAAAGGCCAACAACCAGUGUAAUGAAAUGUGCCAGUGUGUUGGAUGCACAAAUUGUCCACACGAGUCCAGCGAAAGCGGUAGCCUUGAAGAUGAUUCAGAAGAUGAUCUGGGUAGUGAUAUGAAGGAAGAAAACUUGUAG